CAUGUGGUCCACCGUUGAGAGGUACUUAUGUGUGCCGGUCAGAUAUUCCGACUCCGGUUGAUCUUCUCUCAAGAUGUUACCGAUUUUAGUGCGAUCUGUGAUGUGCCCGUUUUUGAAAACGUACGAAUAUCGCGAGAACAAGUUAAGACCGGAUUAUGUCUUUAGGACAAGACGACGCUAGGAUUAAGGCCAGGUUCAUGAAGCUGGACCUCAAGGAGUUCUUCAGUAGCUUCUUCGACGAACAAUCUGAACAUUACGACAACCUACAGCAAGCUAACGAGAACCACCAGCGUCAGCAGAAGCAACCGCUGAAGGACGCCACCAACACAGGCACGACUGUCAAGCAGGAGAAGAACAACAACGAGGUCGACCAACGAAACGCCACAGCGAGAAGGGAGGCGGAGUCUACGCAACAGCAGCAGCAGCAACAAGGCAACAACGCGAACGGAAACAACCACCAGGGCAGCAGGUCUCUGCAGUGUCUGGAGACGUUGGCUCAGAAAGCAGGAAUUCACGACAUAACAGCCGAUGACUGCAAGUAUGACAUUGCGCACACGUUGUUGAAUCUGGACAGAGGACAACAACACCAGCAGCAGAUUAUUAAGCAGGAAGCAGGAGGUCACGCAAAAAUGAGCGAUAUGAAGAGCCAGCAACAGCAAAUCGCCGAUGCAAACGCGCAAGCUCAGGCAGUGGCCCAACAGCAACAACAACAGAUGCAACAGGUAGCUAUGCAACAGGAACAACAGAUGGUUACCUCCCAGAGCCCACAUCAAAUCCAGCAGGUUACUGUUAACGCAUCAAAUGGUCAACUCCAAGCCACAACUUCUAUGGGACCACCCCAGCAACACACUGUCUCCAUUCAUCAGCAAGUAGCACCGCAGGGACAGAUGAUACAGACUCAAGGAGGACAGGUUCUGACAACAGCCCAAUCAGGCAGCACCACCAUUACAACAAUGUCGCCUUUGCAACACUCCCAAUCUCAUCCUCAACAAUUGAGCGAUUGGAGCCAUGGAAGGCUGCAAGUUAUACAACAACCUCUACAAAACCCCACCUACUUGUCCCAGUUGUAUAACGCCCAAGGUCAACUCCUGAUGCCCAGCAACAUAGCGUUGCAUACUGGAAUAAACCCCCAACAGAUACAGGUUAUUACGAAGCCUUUCAAUGGAAACCAGCUAGCUCCUCACAUGUUAACAACUGCACAAGGCAAACAAGUAAUACAAGCAAGCCAAGCGGCUACGUUUCCAGGUUACACCACACAAAAUCAGCAAACACUGGUUAUGGGUGGUCAGAAAGUAAUGCAGAAAGUGGCUACUAGCACAGGACAAACACAACAGCAACAAGGGCAAUGUGUCCAGGUGUCGCAAGCAAUGAUUGGUUCACAGCCCACAGCUCAAAUCAUCAGUCCUCUACAACCUGGAGGUCAGCCUAUGCAAUUUGCUGCUCCUUGGCAGUUUAAUGGCAUACCACAAGUUUGGGCAACGAAUGGAAUCCAACAACAAACCUUACUCACCCAAAAUCCAAUAUUCAUUCGAGGAACACAACCGGAUGGAUCACCAGGACCUGGUAUAUACAUCCAGCAAAGUCCUCAAACGGCUACGAUUCAGACACAACAAAAUCCAACUAUUGCAACACAAGGAAAUGUCCAGCAGAUAGCCAAACCUAGAACUUCUAAUGAGAAUAUCCAACCGAAACAGCCAACUUCCAGGCCUCUUAUUCUUCCUUCGAACAACAACAUUCGCCCUGCUAGUUCUGCCGUAUCAACACAAACUAUUGGUGCCCAAACUCCAAGUUUUGUAUAUUUGCAGGCUUCUAUGGGAGGGAAACCUGGAAACAAAAUAAGAACUAAAGCACCACAAGUAAGAACCUCGCCUGCUCUUAAAGCCGAUGCUGCAAAUCAGACACAGAUCAAGCCUUAUAACAAUAUGCCGCAACACCAAUGGCAAAUUGCAAGAAUGAAAAAGGACAUAUUUUCACAAGAAUUUGGUUUCAGAAUGGUCGUCAUGAAUACUUCAACUGGUAUGACGGCAACUAUGACUCAUGGUGGUGCCCAAAUGACAGUAGACAAAAAUCAGCAAAUGGUUAAUCAAAAUAACAAAAAUCAACAACAGAUGCAGCAACAGCAGCAGCAACAACAACAACAAACACAGCAAACCAUUCUGAUGCAGCAGCACCCUCUUCAUCAGCAAGUGCAACAGCAGAUAUUACUGCAGCAACAACAGCAGCAGCAACAACAACAGCAACACAUCCAACCAAAACCAAUGAUUCAAACAAUCCAAGGAAUUCAGCAGCAGCAGAUCCAAAUGGCUGGAGACAGGCCUAUAAUGCCAGUUGCUUCGAUGUCCCAGACUAACUCGCAGCAGGUGCAACAGACUCUACAACAGACAAUCCAGCAAGGUACCAUCCAACAGUGUUUGCCAAUACAAUCUAACUUGGCCGUGACUCAGCAAACAAUGCCCAUGCAGCAGAUGCAGCAAAUACAGCAGCAAAUCAACCAAAUGGCCCAGCAAGGUGCCAUAAUCGGUCAGAUCCAGACCAGCCAACCGACUCAGAUGCAACAGGUCGCGAACCAAACGCAGAUCCAUCAGAUCCAGCAGCAGCAGAACGGCCAGCAGACCAUCACUAUGCAGCAGGCCCCACAGCAGGUGCCUUUACCAAGUUCAGUCCCGAUGGUGAAGACCGAACUAGUGAACGAAGUGACCUCCGCCGACAGCGCCACACAGCCGACUAACGCCUCUGGUGAGACGAAAGAAUCGUCUUAUGAAGCCACUUCGUCUCAGGGGGAAGUGCGAGAUACGAACGCAACUUCUGUCGAAUCAAAACCGAACUUGGUUGCGGAACAGUCCGUGCAACCGACUCCGGUACCCAGUGCCGUCCCUGCCUCUCAAGCUCAACCGACGCCUGCCCCCGUGGAAAAUGGACUGUCCGCGGUAACGGUGGCGGAAGAAGUGAAGGAGAGAUGUCCGCCAAAGGCGAUGGUCAAGCCGCAGGUUCUGACACACGUCAUCGAAGAUUUCGUCAUCCACGAAUCGUCUGAACCGUUCCCCGUAACGAGGGUUUUGCUGACAGACCGCAAGGCUAGCUACAAUCCAAAUGAGAAAGACGCAGAUGAACCACCAUGCAAAAAGCGCGCCACGACGCCGGCAGAAUCGAAGGUCGACGGCGAGAUGGCGAAGUGCGAGACUUGCGGCGUCGUCGAUUUGAAAUCGACGUUCAAGAAAAACAACAGAUUCUGUUCUAUGGCAUGCUCUAAGGCCGGAAAGAAGAACGAGAAGAAGAAGAAAUGGGAAAAGGAGGGCAUAGAGAUGGACGUCGACAGUUGUCCAUCGGGCGCUGAAAGCUCCACAAGCUCGAACAGCACGGAAGACGAUACGCCUAAGGUGGACCCUUUGAAAUGGAGCGUACAAGAAGUCAGCGAUUUCAUCAAGAAUCUGCCAGGCUGUUCGGAUUACGCUGAAGAUUUCCUUAUUCAAGAAAUCGAUGGCCAAGCCCUAAUGCUGCUGAAGGAGGACCAUCUAAUGACUGCUAUGUCGAUGAAACUAGGACCAGCAUUGAAGAUUGUGGCUAAGAUAGAUGACAUGAGGAUUGACAAAGAACCCCCAAAGCAGAAUUAGAUAAAUGAAACUUGUAAAAACAACGAUAAGUUCAUACAAGAUAUCAUUUAUGGACAACUGUGUUGCGGAAGUGUUCUGACUAAUUUGACAAAGAUGUUGUGAAUGUUCGGUUUUUUUUGUUUAUCAACCAAUAUUUUUAUUCUUGUUGAAAAAAUAAUUAAACUCGAGUUUUUGUAAAUAAUGUAUAUAAACUGAAAGGGUUUAAGACUGCUGUUAUUAUUCCAUAUUCAAAAAUUCCUAGAUUUAGUUCACAUUUAUUUGUAAAGUAUUGUAUAUACAGAUAUAGUUCUGUACAUAUGUCUCAUAGGAUAAUAUUUAUUUAAUCUUGUGCAAUUUAUAAUUUUUUUUUUGUUGAAGAGUACUGCCAUACAGAUAAUAAAAUUUGUAAUUUCUA